UUACUCACCUGCCUUCUCACGGAUACCGGUCAGCAAGUAUAAUGGCCGCACCCGUAGAAGCAUCGGGCACUGCGCAGCCGGAAAUAAAAGCGGAAGAUAUUUUUGAACCUCACGUUCUAGCAAAGUACGACCCAGAAAUCGUCAAGUAUAUCCUGAAAGUCAGGGCCGCAGGCGCACCAGCACAGCCAGAAUCCCGUAUCGAAGUAAUCCGUGCAAACCCCGCCAAGUUUGCGCUACCAUGGUCAAAAGACGUUACGGGAUGGGAAAGGGUUGUCGAUGCGAAUGUUACUUCUCAAGACGGUGUAGAAAUCCCAAUUAAAAUCUAUCAGACAAACUCUGCACAGUUCGGCAAUGGGCCGUAUGGCGUUCACCUCAAUUUCCAUGGCGGUGGCUUUGUCUUAGGUGACCUGAACACCGAGUCGCAAUUAUGCCUGAGCAUGCGCGAUGGCGCCGGCGUUGUCGUCAUCGAUGUGAACUACCGACACUGUCCUGAAGCAGUUUGGGGUUCAGGUGUGCGAGAUGCUUGGGCGGUGCUGUUAUGGGCCCGACAAUCAGCAGCCUCGCUGAAAAUCAACCCUGAUUCGGUAUCAAUUGGUGGUAUUUCAGCAGGAGCCCACAUUACUCUCAUUCUACAACAUAUGGCUCGGGACGCCGGGAUUCCACUGAGGCUCUGCUUGGCAACUGUACCCCCAUCUUCAAGUGCACUUCUCUAUGAGGACUACACCGACUCCCCUUUCGCCUCCUUCCGCGAAUUCGCUAACGGGCCAGUGUUACCGUGGGCACGAAUCAAGUUCUUUGGCGACCAGUGUUUCCCUGCGGACAAAACCGACGAAAUUCGUGCCUCCGUACCUGAAUGGUGGAUAUCCCCCUUGAAGUCGGAGAAUUGGAAUGGGCUCUGUGACACUUUCAUCAGGACUGCUGAAUGUGAUACUUUACGUGAUGAGGGCGAGGCCUACGCAUUGAAACUCGUCGAGGGUGGUAAUAAGGUCACAUUGAAACGAUACAAGGGGUCACCACAUACAUUUAUGUACUUGGAUUGGUUCGACAAGAAGCAGGAAUAUGAUCGCGACUCCAUCAUAGCAUUAAAGCAGGCGCAUGGCAUAUUGUGAAAGGUGGUAUUCUAGAGCCCACGAUGUUUAAUAGGCAAACGUCGUCGUUAUAUAGGUAUAUACUAUGUGUUAUACAAUAAUCCAAGCAAUGAAGUCUAA